CCUUGGACGUCCGCCCUGCAAUUGCCUCGAGACGUUGCCGCUGCACCCCCUCCUGUCCUACGACCCUAGGCUGGUAGGACCGUGUUGAGCCUCGCAUCUAUUUUCCGCCGCUGUCUUCUCCAACCCCAUCACCGCUACUAGGGUCGGUCUGGGGAGAAUCAUCGAUAGCUCUUCGAUUGGGUGUCGUCCCCUUACGGCCGCCUGCACCGUCCUCUCACCGUGACACGAUUUUACGACUUGCCAGUAUAUCAAUUGGUGCCCUCAUCCUGACAGCGGGUUUCUACUCCGUCUUUCUUUCUGUUCACCUGUGUACCCCAGAUCCGUUGAGCAGGUGUCGUUCGGGCCCCUGCCCCCUCUUUCAACAUGCGACGCGGUGUCCUUAUCUUCCUCGUCGCCAAUUUAAUCAUUGUCACAUUCCUCGUUCGCAGCGUUUUCACCCUGCUGUCCUUACUGGUGGAAGAUGCUUCCGCCGACGCAAUCCACCGCGCCGAGCUCCCCUCGCCCAACUCCAGCUUGAUCGAACAACGGCCCCAGAUCAUCCCCAAGAUCAUCCACCAAACAUACAAGAACGAAACCAUUCCCGAAGUGUGGAGAGAAGCCCAGCAGAGCUGCAUUGAUUUGCACCCGGACUACGAGUACAUUCUUUGGACCAACGAGAAGUCGCGCGAAUUCAUCGCCAACGAAUAUCCGUGGUUCCUCGAGACAUUUGACGGCUACAAGUACCCCAUUCAGCGGGCAGACUCUAUCCGCUACUUUGUUCUGGCGCACUACGGCGGCACCUACAUUGACCUGGACGAUGGCUGCAACCGUCGGUUAGAUCCUCUCCUUGCCUACCCCGCCUGGGUUCGUCGCACGGUUCCCACCGGUAUCUCCAACGAUGCUAUGGGAUCGGUCCCCCAGCACCCAUUUUUCCUCCGAACGAUCGAGCUCCUGCAAUCCUAUGACCGCCACUGGCUGCUUCCUUACAUUACGGUUAUGUACUCGACCGGUCCGCUCUUUUUGUCGGUCAUCUGGAAGGAAUACAUGCAGACCAACCCCAGCGAGUCGGGACGGGUGCGCAUCCUGAUGCGAGACGAAUACAACAAGUACUCGUGGAGCUUCUUCACGCACCAUGUGGGCAACAGCUGGCACGGCAAGGAUGCCCGGUUGAUCUUCUGGAUGGGUCAGCAUUGGAUGUUCCUUACUGUGUGCGGAUUCUUCCUGGCCGCCGUAGUCGGAUUCGGCCUCUGGUGGCUUUACGCGCGCCUGAUGCUGUUGGGGUCGAAGUACCGUUACCGCUACUCGAAGAUCCCUUCCCUCGUUUCGAGCUCCCGUCUGUCUUCGCCGACAAGGUUAUCACGGCGCAUGAUGCCCACGCUGCUUCGUCGCGUCAGUUUCAAGGAAGACGAAGAAGCCGGAGGCGUGACGGAAACGUCGUACGAGCUGUACAGCCGACGCGAUUAGGCGUGGCGUUGUGUACUCUGUUUUGUGUGCCUUUUCAGCCUUUCGCACUCUGACACUCUUCUCCGCCCGACCGUUGCUCGUCGCCCCC